AUGAUCAGAAAUCAAACAAAGACUGCAGGAUUUGUCCUUCUGGGAUUUGGGGAAUUCUACAAAGUACAGACAAUUCUUUUCUUGACCUUCCUAGUAAUUUAUGCUGUGACUGUAACUGGAAACACUCUUAUUGUGGCACUAGUUCUCUUUGACCACCACCUUCAUACACCCAUGUACUUCUUCCUGGGGAACCUCUCCUUCUUGGAGAUUUUCUUCACCUCCAAUAUUUUUCCAAGAAUGCUUUCUGGUCUUCUUACUGGAAACAAAAUCAUGUCAUUUAAUAGCUGCUUCACCCAAUGGUAUCUCUUUGGUUCCUUAGAGGCCACAGAAUGUUGCUUACUCUGUGCAAUGUCUUAUGACCGAUAUCUAGCUAUCUGUAAACCACUGCACUAUGCAACAAUCAUGCAAGCCCGAACCUGCAUCCAAUUAGUUGCUGCAUCUUGGAUCAAUGGAUUUGGAACUUUAGUGAUAUUACUUCAUCUGAUGUUACAACUAACGUUUUGUGGCUCAAAUGAAAUGGAUCACUAUUUUUGUGACUACUUCUCACUUCUAAAUCUCUCCUGCACUGACUGUAGCUUGAUAGAAAUUAUGGGUUUCAUUGUGGCUGUCCUAUUCACACUUCCACCUUUUCUCCUAACUCUGAUCUCUUACAUAUAUAUCAUAGCUGCUGUUUUGAAAAUUCCUUCUACCACUGGAAGACAAAAGGCUUUUUCUACCUGUUCCUCUCACUUGGUUGUGGUUUCCAUUUUUUAUGGCUCACUCAUGAUUGUGUAUAUGCUACCAAAGAAAUAUGUCAAUAGAAAUAUGCAAAAAUUUUCCUCUCUGUUAUACACAGCCUUGCCCCCUCUUGCCAACCCAUUUAUAUACAGCCUAAGAAACAAGGAAGUCAAAGAGGCACUGAGAAAUAACAUUAGAAAGCUUGUGCAAUGUUCCUAAAGCUAGUUAAUGUAGUAAAGAUGUAAUAAAAGGGAUGUGCCAUGUGGGCUUCUUUUUCUCUAGUAUUUUAAGUUUAAUAAUAUGACUGGUUAUAUAAAACACUGGGUCUGGUUUGGGGCAGCAUACUCUUGAGGUGUUGGGGAGAGCUCUGUAUGGCCAUGGGCUUAGCAGUGUCCAUCUCCGUGCUGUAGUAUCCCACUGGAAAUUUAAAACCACA